CGGCCCGAAUUCGGUCGAUGCCCGUUGCUUACCCGAAGCCGAUGCGUCAGGUGCUCCAGAGCGUCGACUUGGGCCGCUGUCGUGGGGGUCACGGACACCAGCCGGUGCCUGGUCGGGCAAGGAGCAAGUGUAUACUCACCAGUGGUUCAGAUGAAGCGUCCAAAUGCCAGCCGGGUGACUGCAGAGAGCGGCUGCUCGGGGCUGUCGUCAGCCUCCGCACCACAUUCAGGUACAAACUGGUAUCAGUUACUGCCCCCAACGAGGAGAGCCGCAGCGUCUUAUCGUCCCUGGCAGAUUCGUUGCAGCUCGACGUUUGGCGAGACGCCACCGGUUUCGGCACCCCGGCACUCGUACUGUUGAAACCUCAAGCGGCGGCCGAGUUCUUCGAGACCGCUUCGAAGAAGGGUCUCGCCGUGUCAACGAACUCGCAGGACUUGCAAGAGCUUCUAGAUAAUGAACGCAAAGAAGUGCAUUUUGCGACAUAUUCGAAGACCUCAGAUCGCUUCGAGAGGUACCUGACGUACGACGAGUUCAAAGACGCCCUGCAGCAGUACGCCAAGGAGUACGACCACGUGACCUACACGUCCAUUGGUCGGUCGUAUGAAGGCAGGGACAUCAUCGGUGUGCACAUCAAGGCUAAGGAGAACCUACCCAUCGUGUUUCUCGAAUGCGGAAUCCACGCCAGAGAAUGGAUCGUACACGCUACCUGCCUCUACAUAAUCGAUCAGCUGGCGACACAUUACGGGAAGGAAGGAGACAUCAGCCGGCUGUUGUCCACCUACGAGUGGCGCAUCUACCCGAUAGUCAACCCUGACGGCUACGAGUACUCGCACACUACGGACCGUCUGUGGAGGAAGAACCGAUCACACAGUCGCUUCAGCGAGUGCAUCGGCGCCGACGUGAACCGGAACUUUGACAUUGGCCAGUAUUGCACCGGGCGCUCCAGCACCGACCCCUGCGAGCCUUCGUACUGCGGGGACGAACCGUUCUCGGAGCCCGAGUCCCGAGCCGUUCGGGACGCCCUCGGGGCGACCCGAGGUCGCACCGAGUUCUACUUUACGCUGCACAACUUCGGCCUGCUGUGGAUGUUCGCCUACGCCCACAGAACCCAGAAAGUUCCGGAACACGACGAAUUGAUGAACAUCUCUGCGAGAGCAUCUGAGGCCAUGAAGAAAAUUAGGGGAAAUGAAUUCGACUAUGGGCCUAUUUCGACGACUCUGUACCGAUCGUCCGGGCACAGCGUCGACUGGGCCUACGAGAACGGAGGCGUCAAGAAGGCCUUCAUAGUCGAGCUCGAGCCAUCGUGGCGCACCACCAACCCUAACAAGGGCUUCGUGCUGCCCGUCAGAGAGAUACUGUCCACGGUCAAGGAGGCGUGGGUGGGCAUCAAGGCAGCCGUGGCGCCCUAAAGCCAGCUCGCGCGGAGUGUUCGUCACGUGAUCGUCCAUGACGCCGGUAAACCGCGGCGGGCCUUGACGGGGUGGCCCGCAAUUUGAAAUAAAGAGGAGACCUGUCAAACGAUAAACAAAAAAACGCGAGAUGGAUGGCACUUCCCGCGAUAUCGCUGAUCCCCAUCGACCUCGUGCCUCGUGAUCUAUUCCAUCGGGUCUACAUCCUGCUCUAAAAAAAUUAUGAAUAUUUCAUGUCCAUGACUCCGCACGCACCAUUAACGAUUUACUCGCUUAUAGCGGGGUAUGGUCAAAGUUGACACGAGGUCGCACAGUGGUUACGUCGACUUGCGAUAGUAAUUCAUAUUUCAAAGCAGUUUUUUUUUUCAGUUUAGUUGCCAU